AUGGCCCCUGAAUUUUUCAAUAGUGAUUCAUAUAAUACUAAAGUUGAUGUAUGGACUUUACGACUUUUUACUCAUAAAAUACUAUUUGGAGAAAUUUAUAAUAUGGUAGAAGUUAAUUUGAAGUUCAAUAAAAAAUAUUAACAAAACCUUAUUUAUUAAAUGAUCACAAGUAUACAAGUAUAAGAUAUCAGUUCAAUUAAAAAAUUUAUUAUGCAAAAUGGUCUAUAAAGAAUAAAAUUUAGUAUUUAUGCAAAUUAUAUCAAUAGAGAAUAAGUGCUUAAAAAGCCUUAAUGGAUUCUAUAUUUGAUUUGUGUAAACAUGAUCCAAUAUAUCUAAAUAUUAUGGAAAUAGAAUAAUAAAACUUAAAACUUUAAAUAGAGAAUUAGGAGAAUAGACUAAAUUAAAAUAAGAUGAAGAUACAAAUAUAUAAAAAGAAUUAGAAUAGAUAUAAAAAAAGAAGAAUAAGAGGAACAGAAACUAUAAUAAGAGAAGAUCAAACAAGAAAAGAAUCUAUUUAUUCAAGAAGGAAUAAACAGUAUUAAAUAAGGAAUUCUUGA